CCAACACAUGGUAGAGAUCAGCAAGUGUGUAUGUUAGAUUUUUAUUUGUGUGUGAGAGAGAGAUUAGGUAUCUAUGAGAGAGGAGAAGUUAGAGAAGGCACAAUUUUCACUACAGUGUGGAUGUAACUUCAGCAUUUUAAUUGACAUUGCGGGUUGUUUCCACAUCCAGACAUGCAGACUGGAAAUGCAGGUUUGUUAGUCUUGUUGAUUCGCCUUUGCCUUUUGACUUCAGGCACUCUGACAAAAGCAGUGGACAACACAGAGGGAAAUGAGGCAGCUUCAGAGAAACUCAUCCGUCACUCCCACUCUCUGUGUGCUGGUGAACAAGAGUAUGUUGACAGGAGGAAAAUUGUAGUUCUGGAGUCACUCAACAGCCUGGGAAUCAACUGUACUGCUGAUUCUAUUCCCCACAUUGCUCUUCUGGCGUCAGGUGGGGGUCAGAGGGCAGCUGUGGGUCUGGUGGGUUUUCUCUAUCAGAUGGAAAAGGAAGGUCUGCUGGACACUCUGCUCUACCUGGGAGGAGUUUCUGGGUCAACAUGGUCCAUGUCCUCCCUGUACAGUGACCCGCAGUGGAGCAACAACAUGGACAGAGCAGUGUCAAGGUUAUCAGGUCCUGGGGUCGAGCUGGAGCAGGUUCUGGCCUGGUUGGGUGACAGGGCAAAAGAGGAGCACUUCUCUCUCGCUGAUAUCUGGGCUGUUCUAACUUCUGCUGUGAUCAUGAAACAGAUGGACCUGCGGCAUCUUUCAAAUGAGGCCAGUAGGAAUGCCACAAACCCUUACCCCAUUUAUAGUGCCAUCGAGAAGAAAUGCUUUUCAGACGGGCCUAUAGAAGGGAAAUGGUUUGAGGUGAGCCCUCAUGAAGCUGGAUUCACAGAGAUGGGUCUCUUUGUUGAAACAUCUCUUUUGGGCAGCAAAUUCCAAAGUGGAGAGCUGCUAGAGGUGACCCCAGAGAUGGACAUGGUAAGACUACAAGGUAUUCUAGGUUGUGCUUUGGCUCAUGAGGAGGUUAUCAGAGAAUUCAUCCCUCCCUGGCUGAAUGUGCCUGGGCAAGUAGACAGUGCUGCUGAGGAAUACCUGCGCAUAUACAGAACCAUUGAUAAACUGGUGGUCCUGACCAGAAGUACCAUUAAUGAUCCUACUGCUCUGUCUGAACUGAAUAAACUGCAGAAAACACUAACAGACAAGGUAACUCUGAAUGAGUCUGCCUUGCUUGAGUCCAAGAGUUUGGAGGAAAGAAAAAGUAUUUUUCAGCAGUGGAGUCUGGAGCUGCUGGCAGCAGUAGAGACCUGGAGCCAAAGUCUGGAGGAUGGAGCUUUCAAAACACAUGUGUCUCUGCUUACUAAGCAAGUUCUUCCCCUGAUUUUGAAAUGGGAGUGGGGAACUACAAAAAACUUCCUGUACCAAUAUCAAGGUCUCACCAUUCCACCUUGCCUUCAAUCUAAAGAAAAAUUACAUCUGGUGGAUGCUGGGCUGUUGAUUAAUGUAGCGUACCCUCCAUUUCUGGGGGACAAGAGAGACAUUGACCUCAUGAUUGCACCAGAGUUCAGCGCUGGAAACAUGUUUGAGACUCUGACUCUUGCCAGAGACUAUGCAACUGAAGUGAGGAAGCCUUUCCCAGAGAUAGACAACAAAAUCCUGGAGGAGAGAGACUGGCCAAAGGACUGCUACGUGUUCGAGGGAAAAGAGAAGGAGCCCACGAUCAUUUACAUGCCACUCUUCAACAGACAGAACUGCAAAGAUGCAGAGGAGUUCAAAGCAAGGAUGGAGGAGUUCUCCACCUUCCAGUAUGCCUUCAGCCAGGAGAAGAUUGAGUUUAUGUUAGAGACGGUGAAAGCUAACAUGAAGAACAACAAGGAUACUCUGGUGAGAGAGAUAAAUAAGGCCGCUCUACGCAGACAGAAUAAGAGGAAGUCAUUGCAACACUAAAGCUUUGAUUCUAAUCUUUUUUGGUUUGGCAUGAACUGAACCACUCUGUGGUUUCAUAAUGAUUAUAAAUCAGACUCUGACUUUAGAGUCUCAGUUCUCAGACAGACCCAGCCACAUGAGCAAUACAUAAUCAUGUAAUGCAUGCAAGAAAGAAGCUAGUCUUUUUUACUACUUUAAAUAUCAAUUACAUAUGUGACAGCAUGUAUCUUAUUUAGGUUUGAGUAUUUGUAUUUUUUUUGUUUUAAGUCAGAGCCUAAAUUCCCAUGAAGAGAAAUCUCAGUGUUACAGCAGUUUAGACAGUUCUCUGAUUCUGGCUUUGUGACCAUGGUUUGUUUCAACCUGUUGUUUCAACAAGAUAACGCCCUCUUACGCUAAUCCAGCUUCAUAAAGAAAAGUUUUUCCCUGUUGAGUGUUGAAGAACUCAACCCCACCCAGUGCCUUUAAGAUCAAAUAGAACAUCAAUUGUGAACUAGGCCUUAUCACCCAACGUGAGUGCCUGACCUCACUAACAUUUACAGUGGAUUACUUUUUUGUCACUUUUGUGUUGGUUAGUAAUGAAUAUUGUGUAUGAAUAGUAAAGUCCCUGUCAAACUCAAAAAU